AACUAGAAAAUUCAAAUGAAAAGAACAUUACCAAAUUAAUUAAGGGGUAAGUGUGUUAGUAAAGUUAAAAUUAGUUCAGUAAUUUCAACUUCUUUUUACUCCCUCUGCUAAAUUGGAAAAGGUUGAUGAUGAUGGUGGGGUUGGGGGCGAUGAAGUUUGGGUUUCUCUUCACUAUUUUUCUGCCUUCCGUUUUCUUUGCGAGCCCGCUCCUUGACCCGCCUGAUUAUUUGUCUCUGCAAAUGAUUCAGAAAAAUUUGUCGGGCUCCGAUUUCUUCGUUAAUUGGAAUUUUAAUGUCGGAGACCUCUGCAAUUUCAAUGGCGUUUCUUGCUCCGAGGAUCAGACUGAGGUUUAUAAGCUGUACCUUGGGCCCUAUUUGUCGGGUCGGCUUGACCCGCCUUUUCUUAUCCUUCCCUCUCUUUCUGAGCUUGCCGUGGAUCCCGGCAAUAUCUCCGGCUCCCCGCUGGACUGGCUCUCGUCGCCGCUCACCAACUUAUCCAGCCUCACGCUGCUCUCCAUCACAGGGAAUCGUUUCUCCGGCGGGAUUCCGCCCUCUAUUGCGAGUCUCCGCAACCUGCGGAAGCUCGAUCUCAGCUGCAACCGCCUCACCGGAAGUAUCCCUUGGCAAAUCGGAGGCCUCCCGGCGUUAACCAGCCUCGUUCUCAGCGGAAACCGUCUAUCCGGCUCCGUCCCUGUUUUUUACUCCCCGAAUCUGUUGACCGUCGACCUCAAUGACAACUACCUCUCCGGCCCUCUCCCGUCGAACGCGUUCCCUCCGUCGCUGAACUCCCUCUCGCUGCCGCGUAACCGGUUGACGUCCACCGUGCACCAGGCGUUAUCCGGUUUGAACAACCUGACAUUUCUCGAUCUCGGCUUCAACGACUUCUCCGGCUACAUUCCGGCCAACCUCUUCUGUCCUCCCAUGGAAACGCUCCUCCUCGACGGGAACCGGUUCGCCGGGAGCCUACCGCAGUCGCCGGCGUGUGCAGUGAAUAUCGCCACCGUUGACCUCAGCUACAACCGUUUGAGCGGGAAAAUACCGCCCUGUUUUUCCGCGGCGAAGAGUUUGGCAAUGAACAAUAACCGGUUCACGGGUGAGAUCCCGGGCGAGUUCGUGGACCGGGUUCUCUCGUCGGAAAUGAAGCGUCUCUUCUUGCAGCACAACUCGCUGACCGGAAUCAAGGUCAACCAGACGGCCGCCGCCGAUUUCCAGGCGAAAGGAAGCGUGUGUUUGGAAGGAAAUCCUAUUGUGACGCCUCCGCCGGUAAUUGACGAUGCUUGCACCUCCGAACCGAACCCCGGCCGCCAAAGGAGGCCCACAGAGCUGUGCCAAGUUCCAAACCAGUGACACUCAACAUGGUCAAAAUCAAGAUGCGGGAAAGUGCCAAAAUUUAAAUUCUUCAAUAAUUCAUCAAUUGAUUCAUAAAUUAUGUGCGUGCGCGCACACACACAUAUGUAUGUAUGUAUGUGUAUAAAUGUUUACGGGUCUG